AGCGUGCAAGGAGUUCAACAUAAGCCAUAAGUCAUAACCAUAAACCAGAGCAUCGCUAUUAUCAAUUUUCUCAUCGCUUACAGAGUGAAAGUGGAAUGUACUAAUUUCAAUUUCUAACUAACCAUAAACCACCGUGGCUUCCUCAGGUUCACACCAGGGAAUUUCACGAAGAAAACCUUCUUCUUCUUCUUCUUCUUCUUCCCAACAACAAACCGGGUCGACCCGAAUUAUAUACAGAGAAUCUUCGAUCCAUUCCGAUUCCGAACUUCCGAUCUGGCAACGUAAUUGGUUCAUUGCAUUCCUCUUUAUAAUGGCUCUCGGUUUCUUCGCUCUCGCUAUUUUUCUCUUUCUCACUCUCGAUCCUGAUGUUUCUCCUUCUUCCACCGCUUCUGCUUCCGCUGCUUCAUCAGAAGGCGUCGAGGUUCAGAUUACUUAUGGUUCGGUUAUAAAGCUUAUGCACGAGAAAACGAAAUUUAGGUUGCAUUCUCAUGAUGUGCCAUACGGUUCUGGCAGUGGACAACAAUCGGUGACUGGUUUUCCAACUGUUGAUGAUUCCAAUAGUUACUGGAUUGUCAGGCCUGAGCCAGAAACUUCUGCUAAACAAGGCGACGCUAUUAAAAGUGGCACAAUCAUUAGAUUACAGCACAUGAGGACCAGGAAGUGGCUGCACAGCCAUUUGCAUGCUUCCCCAAUUUCUGGCAAUCUCGAGGUCAGUUGCUUUGGUGGAGAGAAUGAUUCUGACACGGGGGACUAUUGGAGGCUUUCAAUAGAAGGAAGUGGAAAGACUUGGAAGCAGGAUCAGAGGAUUCGGCUUCAACAUAUUGACACUUCAGGCUAUUUACAUAGUCAUGAUAAGAAAUAUAGUCGGAUAGCUGGGGGACAGCAGGAGGUUUGUGGUGUUCGUGAAAAGCGCGCCGACAAUAUCUGGUUGGCAGCUGAAGGUGUCUACCUUCCUGUUACUGAAGGCAAACAAGCUGCUGAGUAGUAUCAAUAUUUUGUCCAAUUAACAUGGAUUAUGUAAUUGGGAGGGUAGCAUUGUUAGAGGCAGAGUAUCUGUUGAAUGGAAAUAUAAGUGAGCACUCUUAGGAUGAUAUAAUAGAUAGAUAUAUUUUCUCAUAGGUCCACUUUGUUAUGAAGUAUUGCAGGCCCUUCUCCUCGCAGAAGUACUCGAUGCAUCUGUUAUUUUUGUUGUGUAAUGUGCUAAUGGGUAAUUUUUCGAAUAGGACUAAAAGGAUGAAUUUGCAGUAGUUGAACUUCAUUUUUUCAGGUGAAAUAAGUCAAGUCCAUUAUACUGA